AUGCUUUCCAUCCGUGUCCGUGUCAUCAGGCAGCAGCAAAGAGUAACACUCGACACAGACCAGAAAAUACGAAUCCAGAGCGUUACGAGAGAGACCAUCGAUCGGUUCUUGCGCAGACGACCCAAGAACGAGGAUGAGCAGAUGAUGGUCGAUGUCCAUUUUCUCACCGGCACAGAAACAACAGGUUUCAAUCUUCACAUAAAUGGAGAGGGAGCAGGAUCCAGAGAUGCUAAAUUUCUUGUUCAUCUGAACGAGAAGGUCGAAAGCCUCGGGAAACAGGCUGCCAAAUACUGGGGCCUCGAUCCUGACAAGGUUUUCUUCCUCGAUGGAGACGGGCGCAUUGUGCUUGACAACAUGGACCUGGUCGACAUCAUUCUGCCUCCUGUGCCGCCAUCUCAAUCUGCAUCAGCCAGUUUCAAGAACUCGGCUAGUUCGAGCUCGGUGGCCGUGGUUGAUGAUGCCUCAGGUCAAGAAGGUGAGGCCCCUCGUGAACGAGACUGUUGGAUGGUCAAAGGCCGUAAUUAUUGCUUGACGCUCGUGCGUGCCAGCACUGUGCUCAGCAAAGAGGACCUGAACAGGCCGAAGGGAGAGAAAUGGGAGGAUUUUACUUUCAAUGAGCGGCAGCUGGAGAAGGAGCUGGAAAAUGCUCGCAAGAAGCGGGGUGGCGAUGACUCCGAGGCGGCCAAAGUGAACAUGGACGUCAUCCCCUCGUUAAACGACCUCAUGCAGCAGGGCCAGGAGAAGAAGCGAAAGAAAAGGGCCGAUGCGAGGUUUCGGCUCUUGGAGUUCAGCGUGUUCCUCCUGUGCCAG